AUGAUACAACACUGCCUAGCCCUAACCAUAGCUCUUUAUUGGGUCAAAUACUCCUUAUGUCAAGAAGAACAAGAUAUAAUAGUGACUACAGCCGCUCCUACAGAGUUUUUGCCAGAGUUUAAUGUAGCUUCAGUAGACAGUUUUGAUCCAUUAGCUGAGGAUUCAGUAGCACCUAAGCUGUAUAAUGAAGUGGCAGCGAAUUCUAGCGACAUAGUUCAGGACUUCACUGAUGAGCAACUAGCUAGAGGUGAAGAGACGAGCAGUUCUAUGCCGAAUGUCAAUACUACACUGAUUCAUGUUCAUGUGGUAAAGUUUUUUGAAAAUUUUUUUUAGUUUUGAAAUUUUUUUUCGAAAUUUUAAAAAAUUUAAUUUUUUUUGAAAUUUUGAAAUUAUUAAAAAAUAAAAAAACUAUAGACCCCCAAUCUAAAAAUGACAUUUCCACAAAAAUUUCAGCUCUGGCGCCACGGUAACCGAGCACCAGAAGAAUUUCCAGCCAAUAUAGGCAACGACAUCAGAUCGACCUGGAUCGGUGGUGAAAACGCCCUAACCAAAAAAGGAAUAGAACAAGCUACUCGUCUUGGAGAGUUACUGAAAGAGCGUUAUUAUCGACUACUUUCUGGCUUGUAUUACCCUGAAAAGUUUUAUAUCAGAAGUUCUGACAAAGAUCGUACCUUGAUGAGUGCUCAAGCAGUUUUUAAUGGAUUGGUCAGUAAUCAGGACUAUGGCAGUGGAUUGAAGGUGUUUCCUGUUCAUACUGUUGCUAAUGAGAGGGAUAAUGUAAGUAUUUAUUUAUAAAGACGAGUUUUAGCAUUGAAAGCUUGAUUUUUGCGAUAUUGUGGUAGGUUGAAUAAAUAAUGAGGUAUAUCUCUCCAAGGAAACUCUAGGUUUAUCUACCUUUUUUAACAAUGACUAAGACUAAAAUAAGGAUUAAUUUGAUACCUAAUUCAAAGAACUAUGUUUGCUGAUUUCUUAGAUAUAGCUUUGGUUCUCUCCGAUAUUGUUGUAGGUGCGUGAAUGUAAAAUGAGGCAUAAAAUUCCCCAGUCAAUUUGUAUGUUUAUUACGUUUAUUUUUAUACAUUCAUCAAAUAAGGAUUAAUUGAUACCUAAAGAAUUUGUUGCUAAUUCUUUGAGGUAUACCUCUAAACUUUCUGAUAUCGUUUUAGGUGUUCAAAGAUAAUUUUAAAAUUUAAAUUUGACGUGAAGCUUUAAACAAAUGUCUUAAUAUUAUAAGUAAUGAUUUGUAAGACCUUUUAAUUAUUAUUUGGUAUAUAAUUAUGCUUUGUUUAAUUGAAUAAAGGCUUGCAAUAUUGUUUUAGAUGAUUGAGGACGUUUAUAAAAUUAAAAACCAAGGUUAUACCUAAAAUUUGUGGCCUUAAAUGUUUGAUGUAUAUAAUUUAAAACUUUAUUUAAUAUUACCUUUGUAAAAAAUUUAAUUUUGCUUGAGCAAGUUAAUAUAUUUUACAGUUAUUCAACUUCAACAUUGAAUGCCCAGCUCGCCAACAAGAACAACAUCGUGUCUUCACCGUUCCAGAGUAUGGCUUCCCAUCUUUAGCUGAAAAAACCUCAAACUUUGUUAAAUGGCUACAACAACAGACUGAACAACCUAAUCUAACUUAUCAAGAUGUCUACAAAACUUGGGAUUUUCUAUAUUACACUAGAGCUGAUGAUAGGACAUGGCCAAUCUGGGCUACCGAUGAGGUUUAUAAUCAAUUGGAGAUGAUCAAUAACAGGCUUAACUAUGGUCUUAUGGCGACGCCAAAGCUUCUCAGGCUUAGGUCUGGGCCAGUUUUGAAGGAGAUGAGUGAAAGAAUGAUGAAUAUCGCCAGAGGCAGUUAUAAAAGAGAAGAAAAGUUCUUUGGUUACUCAGCUCAUGAUCAUACUUUGGCAUUUCUGUUGAAGAUAUUGGGAGUCAGCUUCUUGAGAUGGCCUGAACCGACGAGUGCAUUGGUUUUUGAGCUUCACCGGCGAGAAGAUAAUGAACAUUUUGUUAAGGUGAGGAUGGUAUACGGUAUAUUUUAGAGCGUUGGAAUGGUAGUAUUUAUGUACUGCAAGGUAAAGCAACUGGUAGGGUAGGGUAGGGUAGGGUAGGGUAGGGUAGGGUAGGGUAUGGUAGGGUAGGGUAGAGUAGAGUAGGAUAGGGUAGAGUAGAGUAGGUAAGGUAGGAAAAAGCACGGUAAGGUAGUGUAGUGUAAGAUAAUGACGUUUUAAAACAACGUAUACCUCGCAGUAACAUGAAGCUAUAUCCCAGCACUUGCAGUCAUUUGUUAGGUCGUUUUACACCGAGGCAAAUAUGAUAUAAAACCAUAAUAUUACAUAAGAAAAAGUUGCGUAAUACGAUUUUUUGCAAUUUCUCUGAGGCCAUUAAAAUACAUCAUCAGUAAUGGCGUUAAAUUUUUGUACAUUGAACGGCUUUUGCAAUGGGUAUUAUAAGAGUAUGGUAGGGUACAGUAAGAGGUUUUUAAGGAAUUAUAGGCUGGGGUAGGGUAAUGCGGUUAAGGUUAGGUUAGGGUAGAAGAUACUAUAAGGUAGGGUAAAAUACGACGUCUUAAACGCUACGAUUUUAGAUAUUUUAUCGAAAUUACACAGCCGAGAGCUUUCAAGAGAUAAGACUUCAAGUUUGUCAUGGUGAUUGUCAUUUACAAACCUUCCUCGCUUAUCUACGGCCGUUCAUAACGAAUAAUUGGGCAAAAGAGUGUGAAUUUGAUGAAAAGCGUGACAAAAGUUCGCAGAAUUUUCCAAUUCUACUGUGUAAGUUAGGGUUUUACAAUGUUAGUUAAGGUCACUUUUACUAUUAAUUUGCUUUACAGUACAUGAACUUACUGUAAUUUACUAUAGCUAAAAUUUAUAAAAAUAUUUUAAAUUUUUCAGACGUAGCAAUAGCCCAAUCAGUUCUACUACUAGGUGUAGCUGUACUAUUCGCUGUUAUGAUCGCACGAGCCUUUAAUCGAAGCCGAAUUGUGAAUCCGUUGGAGAAAAUUGACUAUUAA